AUGGGAGUGAAAGUUAUGAUGAUGAUGAUUGUCAAUAGGAGUGAUAGUUAUGAUGAUGAUGAUAAUGAUUGUAAUGGGAGUGAAAGUUAUGAUGAUGAUGAUUGUCAAUAGGAGUGAUAGUUAUGAUGAUGAUGAUAAUGAUUGUAAUGGGAGUGAAAGUUAUGAUGAUGAUGAUUGUCAAUAGGAGUGAUAGUUAUGAUGAUGAUGAUAAUGAUUGUAAUGGGAGUGAAAGUUAUGAUGAUGAUGAUUGUCAAUAGGAGUGAUAGUUAUGAUGAUGAUGAUAAUGAUUGUAAUGGGAGUGAAAGUUAUGAUGAUAAUGAUUGUAAUGGGAGUGAUAGUUAUGACGAUGGUGCUGAUCAUGGUUGUAAUGAGAGUGAUUGUUAUGAUGAUGAUCAUGAUUGUUAUGAUGAUUAUGAUGAUUAUGAUGAUGAUGGUAAUGAUAAUGACAAUUGA